AUGUACCGGAGGGUGGUGGCUGCGGCAGGUGCCAUGGUCCCUGUCGCCGACGCCGAGCUGACUGAUGGCAUGGCGUCCUUUGCGGCUGAUGUGCGUGCGUUUGUGCUGGAGGCUGAUCCGCACGGCCGGAUCUCGCUUGUGGUUCGGUUAGAGGCGCGCGAGGGAGAGCCGGCGGCGUGUGGCGCUGAGGUCGGCAUGGUCUUCUCGGCUACGUAUCCGGCACGGUUUGCGCCGAUCUCCAUCGAGGAGCGCACCGCUCAAUGCGGAGUCUUUGACGCUGUGCUCUACCUCCCGCCGGUCCGCGGCGUGUUCGCGCUCGAGGCGACGCUGGUAAGCGCCAACGGAGCAACACCGCUCAAUACGCCGUUCGGCUUUAUCCUCGGCGCCCUUCAUGUGGCGGCGCCCGCGUACACCAGUCUCACUGCGCUCCCGGACUGCACCGGAAGCAGUGACGAGGCCGAGCGCGCGGGAUGGUGGCUCCCGCCGCGGAUGCUCGGCCACGACGAGGUGGUUGGCGAGGCAACGAUGGCGUGGUUCUCGCCGGCGUGCUCGCGCCGGAAGCACGUGUCUAGCGCCGAGCUUUCGGCUGUCCUCGACGGCCGCCUGGUGCCGAUGGUCGGCGACGGCGCCGGCGUCUGUGCCCUAUUGGAUCUCCACGCCCCGCGGCUGGUUCCGCCCGACGGCCGUGAGAUCGAUGAGGUCUACGGGCGGCUCAAGGCCGCCCCGGGCCUCUACCACUGGCGACAUGUGCUGCCGACGGCGGAGCUCGUCGACUAUGGCUACAACGAGCUUGCCGAGCAGGCCACUCGCCCGCUGGCCUCGCUUUCCGAACUGGCCGCCGCGCUGGCUGCGGAGCCCGAGACCCGCGCUGCUGUCGUGUGCGUCGAUGUCGGGCAGGACGUCGACAAGCUGGCGACGUUCCUCGACGCCAUCUCCGAGUGGCGCGGCAAGCUUGUUGUCGUCCUCGCGCCGCGGAUCCGACUCAAGGCUGCGGCCGAGACGCCGUUCCCGGACGAAUGCGUGUGUCGCGGAAGAGAGCCAAGCUCGUGCGCGUGCACCCCAGCGCAAGGCGUGGUCCGCCGCUUUAUUGGCCUCGCCGAGGCCGACAGCUCGGGUGUCCUCCACCGCAUUUCCGAUCCGCAUGGCCGCCGUGCCGGGCGAUGGGUGUGGGAUAACCCAGAGGCGGCGCCGGUCUCGCCAUCGGCCGCCAACUGGGCGGCGUGGCGGUCGCCGGCAGCCGUCGCCCGUGCCAACGCCGCCGUUGUCGAGCUGAUCCAGGCAAAGCGUGCCGCCAGCACGCUUGUCGACUACUUUGCCAUGACCGACGCCGCGCCGUCGUCGGCGACCUACAACGGGACCUGGUACUGUCCGACCGAUCUCAUCGCGCUCCGUGCCGCCCACUCGGUGUACACGCCAUCAUGCUGGGUUGCCGCCGCUGCCGCCAACGCCGUCGCCGCCGCCGUCAUCGCACCUGCAGCGUGA